UCAAGGAGAACCUCUUCUGCUUUUCUCGUUCACUGAGAUGUGCUAUGGAACAUGUUGGAGAACAUGAAACAUGCCUUGCGUCGGACCAGAUGUACUGUGUGGAGAGGCGAGUGUAUAGCCAAGGAGCCCUACAAGGCCAGCUGCACAGGAAGGAAAAGGCCUCCCAGCCUCUUGGUCAGAAGAUAGCACAUUCUUGUCGCUGUUCUUCCAAGAAAGCCAAAUCUGUUCUCACUAGUUUUUUACCAAUCAUUAAAUGGCUCCCAAAGUAUCCAGUGAAAGAAUAUUUACCAGGAGACAUUGUCUCAGGUAUCAGUACUGGGGUGAUGCAGCUUCCUCAAGGGUUGGCUUAUGCACUGCUGGCUGCUCUGCCCCCUGUUUUUGGCCUGUAUUCUUCAUUUUAUCCAGUAUUUCUGUAUACCUUUUUUGGAACCUCCAGACACAUAUCCAUAGGAACCUUUGCUGUCAUCAGUCUGAUGAUCGGCGGAGUAGCUGUCAGAGAAGCACCUGAUGAAAUGUUUGACAUUACCGACACCAACUCAACCAAUACCACAGAUCCUGAAAACAUCAGAGCCAGAGAUGACAUGAGGGUGAAGGUUGCUGUUGCGGUAACGUUGCUUUCGGGCUUCAUACAGUUGUGUUUAGGUCUCCUUCGUUUUGGAUUUGUAGCUAUUUACCUCACGGAGCCCCUAGUACGGGGAUUCACCACUGCUGCGGCUGUGCACGUCUUUACCUCCCAGUUGAAGUAUCUUCUUGGAAUUAAAACUAAAAGAUUCAGUGGACCCCUUUCAUGCCUUUAUAGUUUGAUUGCCGUGUUUUCGGACAUCACUAAAACCAAUGUCGCGGCUUUAGUUGUGGGACUGAUUUGCAUGGUUUUAUUGCUGAGCGGGAAGGAGAUCAAUGACCGCUUUAAAAAGAAGCUGCCUGUCCCUGUCCCAAUGGAGAUUAUAGUGGUUGUAAUUGGUACUGGCGUUUCAUCUGGAAUGAAUCUGUCGAAGACCUAUGGAGUGGAUGUUGUUGGGAAUAUCCCCAAAGGGUUACGUCCUCCAGAAGUACCCGAUAUCCACCUCAUACCAGCAGUUUUUGUUGAUGCAAUUGCAAUAGCCAUAGUUGGUUUUUCCAUGACCAUCUCAAUGGCCAAAAUCUUUGCUCUUAAACAUGGUUAUACUGUUGACGGAAAUCAGGAACUGAUCGCAUUAGGCAUAUGUAAUUCUGUAGGAUCCUUUUUCCAGACUUUUGCUAUCACUUGCUCGAUGUCUCGGAGUCUUGUCCAGGAGAGCACUGGGGGGAAAACUCAGAUUGCUGGCACCCUAUCCUCAAUCAUGGUCCUGUUGGUCAUUGUAGCCAUUGGUUACCUCUUUGAACCACUGCCACAGGCUGUGCUGGCAGCCAUUGUAAUGGUCAAUCUCAAAGGCAUGUUCAAACAGUUUGGGGAUAUUGCUCGCUUCUGGAGAACCAGCAAGAUCGAACUGGCUAUCUGGAUUGUAGCUUUCCUGGCCUCAGUUUUCCUGGGGCUGGACUAUGGUCUGCUCACAGCUGUAGGUUUUGCACUGGUUACCAUCCUGUACAGAACGCAAAGUCCACAAUACAGAAUCCUUGGCCAGAUUCCUGACACGGACAUUUACUGUGAUGUGGAAGAGUAUGAAGAGGUGAAAGAAUGCCCUGGAAUCAAAAUAUUCCAGGCAAACUCCUCACUGUAUUUUGCCAACAGUGACUUGUAUGUCAGUGCACUGAAGAAAAAGACAGGUGUCGAUGCCUGUGCAGUAUUGGCUGCAAGGCAGAAAGCCCAGAAAAGACACAUCAAGGAACUAAAGCAACUGGAAAAAAGUGAGAAGGAAGCAGCCUUGAAACUGACUAGUGAUGAUGUAGAAAGCAGCAUAAAACAGGAAGUGCCAAAGGAUGAAAUUUCAGUCAAUGGAAAGUUCUCAGCCACAGAAGCUGCAACACAGAACUCUUCUCCUGAUGAACUUGAACAUUUUAUGAAGCCAGUGAUCAACGUGCAUUCCAUCAUUUUGGAUUUUUCACCAGUGAACUUUAUAGAUUCAGUUGGAGUAAAAACCUUAAAAUCGAUCAUAAAAGAAUAUGAAGACAUUGGCAUUUCCGUGCAUAUAGCUGGCUGCAACGGGUCUGUUAUGGACAAUCUUGUUAGACUGCAGUUCUUUGACAAGCCUACCCAAAGAGAUUUGCUGUUUCCCAGUAUUCAUGAUGCUGUACUUACUAGUCAACUGAAAGUCCUUUCUGCCUCACAGAUGCCUUUAGACGCUGACUCUUGUAUGCCUGAAUUACAGGAGCAGAACUGAUUUCAUAGAGGCACAUGGAUGGG